UUCAAUAUUUCUCUCUUGAAAUAACUAAACCUUACAACACUCAUUUGGUUGGUUUCUGUAUUUCCAUUUUUCAAUUCGUUCGUCCCGUGGACGUUUCUUUCUCUCAUUCUCUUCUUACUUACUGGGCCGGCAUCCCGUCUUUUUAUUCGACAUUUAAUACAUUUCGCUUUCAAGUCGGGCAGCUGGGCUGUAUAGGAGGUUUCAAUCAAAAAGGAAUUAAAUAAAGUUCAGCAAAAAUGAAGGACCAUCGUAAACCUAAGGACUUGUAUCGCAAGUUCAGCAGUCGUGAUGAGGACGACCGCGACGACUCUAGCAGCACGGACGUUGACCUAGAAGCGCUUGACUUAAACGAGAAAGACUAUAUGCACGAAUCCACACCACUCACAGGGACGAGCGGAAAGAGCGAGUUCCUCGCCGUUCUCAAGGAGCAUAGGUGGUUGAUCGACACAUUUUUACUGGUCGUUAUUGUGUUAUUGCUUCUGGGAGGCGAUUUUCGGCGGCAUGGGAGAGAACACUUCUACGAGGGAGGCGGCGACUUAACGGGAUUCGCGCCGGAGUUCGGGCAGAAGAUCACAACAUUCUCUCCGGAUCCAUCCUUCGUGCCGGAAAACACUUCCGAGUUCUUCUCGGACGAGACUCGGAAGAAGUGGUUAAGUCUGGUGCCGAAGGGCCUCGGUUACCUUGAAAUCAAGAAUCCACAAGACUAUGACAACUUGCCAGUACGAUUAAACUCGUAUCCGGAUCAAUUCGUCGUCACAUCAUCCAUGACUCAUCAACUUCACUGCUUGUAUGCUAUCGCUGAGGCCUACUCAGCACUCACAUCAGAUACCAGCCGGUUACCUCAGGAGACGCCUUGGCACUUAACUCACUGCUUCGAUUACCUCCGCCAGAGCAUCAUGUGCUGCGGAGAUGUCGCGCUAGAAGGCGAGCAAACCACCUUCCCUGAUGGCUUUGAUGGUAGUGAUGGAUGGGAUGCGAAGCACGUGUGCAAGAAUUAUGACGAGGUAUAUGAGUAUCUCGAGACGAAUCGAGCCGACAACAAGGUUUGGAUAUAGCUUCAAUAUGAACGAAAAGAAGGAUGAUCAACAGUCGUAGGGAUGUUGGCGUAU